AUGUCGUACUUUCCGGAGCAGCCUGGGCACGAUCCCAACCUCCAACAGUUGACGGAUAGCAUGCAGAACGUGAACAUCGCGCAAGAGCAGCAGUCUACUCGGUCUGGGCGGAAAAAAAGGGUGAUGAACCAUGCUUUUCAUACUGACCUCAUGGCUGAAACAGGGGAACGUGGCGCUGGCACUUUUGCCAACGGAGGACAGAUGCAGGCUGAUCAAGUGCAGGCUGAGCAGUACCCGCAGAUACCUCAGCUACAGGCUCAACAAGCUCAACAAGUUCAGAAUCAACCUGGUUUUGUUCCAAACGGUCAGCUGCAGCCUCAACCCACCAACCACGCAAAUCCGUCACCAGCCCUCUCAGAAUCAGAACUGCUCUCUGUCCCGGUGCAAAGACAUUUGGCCGAAACCGAAUAUAAAAACCGUCAAUUCCUGACUUUCCAAAACGCGUGUCCUCCUCCAGCAGGAAGCCAGUACUUGGUGGUGGACCAGGGCAAUGCUUCGCCCAAGCUCAUGAGAAUGUCCAUGUACAAUAUUCCCACUACCAAGCAGCUGAAGAAUGCCUCUAAAAUUCCACUGGGUCUGAUGGUGAGACCGUUUGCGCCGAGAGAGUUCACCGAUACGGCAAUCCCGCAGGUUGAUUUAUGCGAGAUUGGUGGACCUCCCCGUUGCAGACGGUGCAGAGCGUAUGUGAAUCCGGCAAUGCAACAUACCAAUGGAUACACCAUGAUCUGCAACAUGUGUCACUAUGAGAGUCCCACGAACGGGAAAUAUGCCGCCCCGCUCGAUUCCAAGGGAAUUCGUGUUGAUUAUGGCCAGAGACCAGAGCUGUACUCGGGGACGGUGGACUUCAUCGUUCCACCCGAGUACUACUUCGAAGAGAAAGAGCCAGUUCCGUUGAAUCACGUCUUUCUCAUUGAUGUCAGUGCAUCUGCAUAUGAUCUCCAGGCGCAGAUGGCCACUGCCUCUGCCAUUAGGUACGUUUUGUAUGGGUCUGGAGACGACUCUGGUUUGCCAGAUGGGGCCAAGGUGUGCUUCAUCGCCUACGACAAGCAGCUGCAUUUCUUCAAUCUUGAUCCGCGGUUGACCCAGACUACUCUGGGAACCGUUUCUGAUCUUGAUGACCCGUUUUUGCCAAUCCACGCGGGUCUUUUUGCUGACCCUCAGGAGUCUCGUCACAUCAUUGAGACUACCUUGCUCUAUAUAGAGACCAUGGGGGCCAGCAAGAUUCCCGAGCCAUGCUUUGGCGCUGCUCUGACUGUUGCUUUGCAAGCAUUGUCGAUUGUAGGUGGAGGCAAGGUUACGGCAUGUCUGUCGUCUCUUCCCUCUUGGGGCCCUGGUGCCCUGAAGGUGAAACUUCAAGGUAACAUGGCUGCUGCUGAAUACGACAAAGAAGUUCUUUCGGCUUCAAACGCAUAUUUUGAGGCUCUCCUCAAAGACUACACCAAACAGACAAGUGGUCUAGAUGUAUUUGUGGUGUCAAGGUCCCCGGUGGAUCUGGCAAACGUCGGCCUCGUUGCGCGCUCGACAGGAGGUGUUGUGAAGUCAUGGACUGACUUCAAUAUAGAGAGAGACGAGAGAGAAUUUUUUAACUCCUUCAAGAACUCUGUCACACGCUCUACGGGCUACCAAGGUCAACUGAAGGUGCGUUGUUCUAGUGGCUUGCAAGUUUCGAAGUACUAUGGAGCAUUCGCAACCUCGGGUGAAUCCACGGACCCUCUUUUACCGAUUCUUCACGAAGACUCAUCUGUUGCAUGUGAAUUUGAGUAUGACGGGAAACUUAAUACAAAGUAUGACGCUCACUUUCAAGCUGCUCUCCUUUAUACCUCUGCUGACGGUGUUAGGAAGGUGAGAGUCAUUAACGCGAUAAUCUCAGUUACUGAUCGUAUCAGUGAUGUCUUCGCCUUUGCUGAUCAAGAUACAGUUCUCUCUUUGAUGCUGAGGGCCAGUAUCAGCAAGUUGCCUUCUAUGAACCUUAUCACACUGCGAAAUAGACUGACUCUACAGGUGGCCGAGCUCUUUGCCAAUUACAGAAAGCUGGUGGCCCAGCACACGUCUAUGCCUGGCCAGUUGGUUUUCCCCACUGGCUUGAAGACUUUGCCAAUGUUUGUGCUUUCGUCGCAAAAGUCUAGAGCCUUCAAGGAAAGGGUGACGAACCCGGAUAUGAGAGUCCAAUCGGUGUUCAACCUUGCUUAUUCGCCAACUGCAUUAGUUUCCUCGUUUCUGUAUCCUCAGCUAAUGGCCAUCCACAACCUGGAUGAAGACGAGUGCAUUUUUGACCAGGAGACUGGCAUACUGAACCUGCCCAAAUCUGUUCCUCUUUCCAGAAGUUCUCUGGAAUAUGGUGGUGCAUAUCUAAUGUUGAGACCGACGCAUCUUCUACUGUGGCUACACACUGAUGUGAACCCACUGCUGUUGCAAGAUCUGUUCGGCGAUCAUGUCACCAGCUUGCAGCAACUAGACCCAAACUCAAGCGACCUGCCAGAGAUCGAUACUCACAUAUCGUUGCAACUGCGCAAUCUGUGCAAGUACUAUGCCAAAUUCUUUCUCGGAUCGGACUUCGUUCCGGUCCAUAUUUGCAGGUUCCGAAUUGACCCCAACGAGGCCGAGUUCGUGGAGUACCUGUACGAGGACCAAGCAACUGACCUGACUCCCUCUUUCCCUGACUAUCUCACCCAACUUUACAAGCAGGUGAACUCCAAGAUGGAGAACAGCAGGACAGAGAAGUCGGAGUAUACUAAUUUGAACGAUUCCGCAGCUCUUUCGCAAAAGUUUGUGCAUUUCUGA